UCAAAGUUUUACAUUAGUAAGAAGCUAACUCUGGGAUCUUUAGAAUCUUUUCAAAGAAUUUAAAGAAAAAAGUCAAAAAGAAUUCAUCAUGAAAUUAGUUUUUGGAGUUUUUCUUGUAAUUUUGAGCUGUUUUGCAUUCACAGCAUCCACUGGAAAAUCAGGUCGCUGUGAUCUUGAUUAUGAUGCUCUUCGACGCAUUUCGUGUGAUGCUUUAUACGUAGGAUGGGCAUAUGACUACAGAACCAACCAAUGUAAUACGAUCACCCUUAAGGGCUGUGGAACCCCCGAAAUGGGUUUUACAUCUAAACAAGAAUGUGAAUUGACCUGUAAAUCACCAACGUACUAAUAUAAUAAUGUACUUUGUUUUAUUAAAAAAGUUAAUAAAAUAAUUAAGAUCGUGAUUUUAAGAAA